GAUAAAAACACUACGACGCCAAUGGCCCUGCUGGGAUGCACAUUCGCCUGUUCGCUACGGAGUAGUAGGUACCUUAGUACCUGCCUCCUAGUAGUGAAAGCUCUCAGUCAUGUCAAUGCCUACCUACCUACCUAGUAGAUACUAUUUUUAUAAACUCCCCUCCCUCCUUCUCUCACUUUUCUGUUCCCCCUCCCUCCUCUUCUUCUUCCUCCUCCUCCUUCUCCUCUUCUUCUUCUUCCUUCCUCUUCAAUUUCGCUCAGCCCAGGAAAUAGAUCCUUUCUUGACUCUUCCUUCCUCUCUGCUGACUCCCUCAUUUCCAUCCUCUGGCUCUAAUCAAUUGAUUGGUAGCUUUUCCUCUCACUUCAUUGGGAGGUGUCCAGUUCACCACGCGAUUUUCCAGUAUUGCAUUCUCUGAAAACAGUAGAGAAAACAGUUUUAGACAUCAAUCGCUCAUCAUGGCCUUCCCAUUCAUGAGGGCAUUCCUAGCGCUCUUCUUCUACCGUUACUUCCGUCUGGUGGUGAACCUGUUCU